AGUAAAGCGAAGUAAAGCAAAACCAACAUCCAACAUGGUAUCGGUGAGAUGAGAUCUUAUCAAUCAUUUUAUUUUACUUUGGUUGAAAAUUGAAAUAAUUAUUCAUUUCUCUCUCGUUUUCUAUUUUAUUGAUGAGAGAUUUAUCUUACGCAAUGGAGGUUGCUCAAGAUCAAGAAAACGACUCAAUCAAGAAGUCGAUCAAUGAUUUACCCAUCGACACUCCAGUGAGUCACCCUUUGGAGCACGAGUGGACGCUGUGGUAUUACGACAAUAAUAAAAAUAAGGAUUGGUUAGAAAAUUUACACGAAGUUUACACAUUCAGCACUGUAGAAGAUUUUUGGUGUUUGUUCAAUCACAUCAAACCUGUGACUAGUUUGUCCGCGGGAAACGACUACUCGUUGUUUAAAAAAGGAAUCCGACCUAUGUGGGAAGACGAUCAUAAUAAAAAAGGAGGUAGAUGGCUGUUGAAUAUGGAUGGCAGAAUGAAUAGAAAUGACUUACACGAUUUAUGGCUUAAUUUGCUUCUUUUUAUGAUUGGAGAAUCUUUCGACGAGUUCAGCGACGAAAUAUGUGGCGCUUUCGUGAAUGUUCGUAAGUUGGAUAAAAUUAGUUUAUGGACAGCAAAUGCGGACAAAAGAAAUGAAAUACUUGAGAUCGGGAAAAAAUUGAAGUUCGAAUGUUUAAGAUUACCGCAAGAAAUGAAAGUUAUAUACGAAACUCAUUUGGAUUCUCAGAAUAAAACCGGCUCUAGAGCAAAAUAUUUACACGUUGUUUGAGCAUGUUCGUUCAAGUAUUGACGCUAUUUCCGUCUGUUUUUCCAAAUUGAUUCAUAACGUUCGUAAAAGUUUUAUAAUUAUAAGUUCUUCUAAUAAUAAAUUUAUUAAACAAUU